AAACCGUUCAGGAAGUCGGUGGGGUUUAGACUUGUGGAUUUACAAGUAUCUAGUUACUGUAGUUGGGGCAUCAUAUGUUUUCUUCGAUCAAGUUAGACAUCCUGCACCCUGAUUACUUGUGUGACUUAAUCCGGAAAAUGCCUGAGGUGGAAGUAUGUGGAGCUAAAAAGACUACUAUGUUGUUGCGGAAUGAUUCCACUCUACAAGACUUACCGGAUUCACAUAGAGAUAGAAUCCGAUACUUGCUAAAUGAAGCUCUUCAAGGGAAAUUUCGUACUUCUGGUCAAGGACUGUUACCUGGUAAUAAGGAAGAUUUGGAUGCUAUCGAGAAGAAAAAGAAAGUAGCCAGGUCUGUAUUUGAUGAAAUGAUUCAGUAUGGUAAAAGACUACUGGAAUGUAUAAGAAUCCUAAGGGAUGUCAACAACGCAAUUUCAAAUGAUACGUCAUUGAAAUACAACACUGUGGUAAAAGGAAUGUUUAAGGACAUACCUUCUUUGUUCAAACUCCAUGAACACUUGACUGAAAGCUUUGACUUAUGUAGCCCUGGGAACAUAGAGCUACCAUCCGCUUUCACUAGUGACAAGGAAAUGCAGAUUUUGAACAUAUACAAGAGCUUCCUUUGCCGCUAUGCUGUGAAUUUUCGCGCUUUUUCUGAGCUGUAUUCUACUAAUGAAGAACUCCAAGAUAUAUGCAAAGGUAUCGUUGCCAAGUCUCAGUAUGAAGAACAACGUAUCCAGAAUGUUCCUGGAAUGUUUUACGGAGUCAGUACUGCUUUACCACGUUACAAGGAUCUUAUUUAUAGGCUCAAAGGAACUUUACUACCAAGUGACCCGGAAUAUGCGAAUGUCACAAAGGCUUGGAAGUUUAUCAAAGAUCUUUUGGACCGUUCAGAACAAGAAGUUGUUUUACAGGAAAAGAUGUUAAAAGCUCGCGAGGCACUUGGUAAACUGGAUGGUCUUCGUGUGAAGUAUAUUCGUAUUCCAUUGUUGCAUUUAGAAGGACCUGCAAAGAAACUUCCACGACGUUCAAUACACAGACGACUUUUGGAUAGAUAUCUAUUUCUUUUCUCCGAAUAUUUGGUUAUGACUGAACCUCCAAACGCGGUUGGUCGUUACCAAGUUAAGUCGGAAACACAUCUGGCUGGAAUGACAUUAUGGGAAGUGAAGGAUGACGAAGAAAUAAACGUUGAUCAUUGUUUCAGAAUCAAAGCUAAGGAAUUAUGUGUUGAAGUUGCCUUUGCAAAUGCAAAUGAGAAAACGCUCUGGUGGAAUGAAUUGCAACAGGCGAUUGAUUGUGAAUGCAAUAAACCCAAUGGUACUAAUUUUGAGGAAGAAAAAACAGUGUUGAGUACUAGCAAUUUAGGUGAUGUGGCUGCUCAAUGGGUGAAAGAUGAAUCAUCCACUAUGUGUACAUAUUGUUGUACUGAAUUUACUACAAUUAAUCGACGUCAUCAUUGUCGUGCAUGUGGCAAGUUAUUUUGUGGUUCCUGUUCAGCUUAUAAAGCACCAUUGGGAUCAUGUGGUGGUAAAUAUCAGCGUGUGUGUGUAGUGGACUACUACCUAAUCAAUAAAAACGCUAAACCUCCAACACCAGAAAUAUUGGAAGCAAUAUUACGUCGGGCAGACAAACAAACACCUCAACCACUAAGAACCGGCUUUCUCAUGUGGAGUCAUUUCAUCAACUCGUGGUCUAAUAAAUCACCUAUUCGAUCAUCUAGAGCAUGUGUUGAAUAUCGAACUAUUGACGUGAGUGCUGAAAAACGUAAAGAAAUGCUCCAUGACAUCGAAGUCUCUACUAAUUCGAGCUCUUCGUUUGUUACAGCAUUGGAUAACGUAUCCAACCAUCACGAUAGAGAAUCUCAAACAGCUCCUGCUUUAUCUUCUGAUACCAGUAGAUCAUUGGAAUCAGUCAGUCACAAGUCGUCGUCUGCUUGCUUGUCACGUUUGUUUUGUGUCCUGCAAACUGACACUUCCCUGUCAUUCUACGCUGCUCGCGCUGAUACACGUGCGGUGGAUAAAAUCACUGUAAUUGGCUUACGACUGUUUUACCUUGAUGAAAAGUUGAAUACCGAACCUUCAAAAUAUGGUGGUAUCUCAGGAAUCCAGACUAUGCCAUACCCUAAAUCGAAGAGUUUUGAUUGUUCAUCUCGGAUGAUGAACACAGAUCUUUCUAUCGACACUACGCAGUUACCUAAAUUGGAGCGUUCUAUUUUCUCCCGUCAAGGUAAUCCAAUGUACCGGAACUAUAAACCUCCUCCAUGCGACAACAAUAUCUUUGGUUAUAAUUCUACUGUUCAAUCUUCCAAUCUCUCAGCUGCUGCAGCCUUGUCGAAAUCCCUUACUCAUGCUCACAUCAAAUCUCUGUCAGAUGCCCUAGUAGCAGCGAGAUUAUCCAACCGAUCCACACAGUCUUGUAGAGAAAGGCUGUCUAAAGAAGAGUGUGGGGACACUUCACAGCAGGUAUCUGCAAGUCAAUCUGACUCUAACGGUACCGUAACUAAUAGAGACAUCAUCAGGCAUAUUGAGUCAGUCAGUCCUGAGAUAUUAGGUCUUUUGAAGAACGAUUUGGGAUUUCUACUCUUACCACUAAACACAGACCGCCCAGCGCAUUACUUUGAAGCCACAACAGUUGAAAUUAGAACCCAAUGGAUCAAUUCUAUUCGUCGUGUUUGUAUAGACUUCAUGUCAUGAAGCAAUAAACAAUCGAUCAGCAUAUAUACACUUCCACAGAUGAGCAACCAACCUGUACAAUUUAUUUGGCUGUAUUAUUAAUUUAUACGCUCAUCAUCAUCUACUUUGCUUCGUUGUUUACCACAUUACUUAGAAGUAAUAUGUUUAUCUCUGAAUGAAAAUAAAGUGGUUUCUCAGACAAAAUUAUUUCUUCUUGUGUAUAAUUUUUCCCCCUCUACUGAUCUAUCUUUUUUUUUGAAAUGUAAUCAAAUCAAUGUUUCAGUUUUUUUCCUACGAGUUUAGUAUUCUUACAGUUUUACGAAAUACUAUCCUUCAAAGAAUAUAUUUCUUCUUUUGCUUUAAUUCUGAAUAUGUCUUGUUGCAAGUAGUAAAGUACUUUUUCUAUAAUUUACAUUAGAGUAUUUUUGAUUAUAUAUGGUCUUUAUGCAACUUUCAUUUGUCUCACAUAUGUAAACAUCUCAGCUGGAUGAAAUGUAAAUGCGACUGUUAUGAAACGGUGUGUACACUGCUAGCAGACAAAUAUUCAUAUGAGUCUACCUGUAAUACGAAUUAUUUGAAAAUUUCAAAGUUUAACUUGUUUUUGUUGAUGGUUGACUUACGUUAUGGAAUUUUCAGCCUUCAUCUAAUUAGGAUAAGAAGGUGCACUAUAACAAAAAAAGACUGGUGUCCACUGUUUGUUUCAUCUAGUGGUAUUUCCAGUUACCUGUACAGUAUGCAGUUGAAAAAAUGU